CACAACUUCCUCACUUCCCUAAAUGGGCAACUUUACGUUUAUAACCCCAGGUCCUUCCCUGGCAGACCCAAACGGAGAGUCCCGUGUCAGCCUGGGGCCUUGGGUGCCCGGGCCGCGCUGGCCCCCUGCUGGCCUGUGACUGUCCCCAGCUGGAUGGAGGCAUGGCCCCCACAGUCCUGCUGCUGUUGCUGUGGCUCCAGGGCCACGUCUCAGGUGCCCCUGCUGAGAGUGUGUACUCCAAAGUACAGCACCUUGAAGGGGAGACUCUGUCCGUGCUGUGCUCCUACAAGGGCCGCAAAAACCUCGUGGAGGGCAAAGUGUGGUGCAAAAUCAGGAGGAAGAAGUGUGAGCCAGGAUUCACCCGGGCCUGGGCGCAGGGGCCACGUUACCUGUUGCAGGACGAUGUUCGGGCCAAGGUGGUCAAGAUCACCAUGACGGCCCUCAGGCGCCAGGACUCGGGCAGGUACUGGUGCAUGCGGAACAGCUCUGGAACCCUGUACCCUCUGAUGGGCUUCCUGCUGGAAGUGUCUCCAGCCCCUACAACAGAGAGAAACUCUCCUCUUACCCAGCUGGCUGACAUCCUCAAGAGCGGAAUUGUCGUCACAACGGGCCCAGCCCCCACCUCAGGCCCUGCUGCCCCCUUCUCUCCCAGCGUGACGGUGCUCACACCUGGCCACCUCACCUUGGCCAGACUCUUGCCCUCCACCGCCUCAGGCUCCAUCCGACUGACCUCUGUGACAGGCUACAGCUUCACCAGCACCCGCUUCUCCACCACAGCACCCAGGAGGACCUCAGGGUCCCUGGCAGUGACUGCACCCCCCAGCAAUACCAGAACCUCCUCUUCUGGCUCAGCACCCAUCUCCACCAAGGAUGGGCACCUGCACACCAGAUCACCCGCCACGACAAUGUGCCACACCAGUAGAUCUCUCCUCAACAAACUAUCCCCCAUCAGGCAACAGGAUUCUUACCCCAUUGUGCUGGUGGGGCUGCUGACCUUCCUCCUGGUGCCCGUGAUGUUGAUCGUGGUCUAUGGGUUCUGGAAGAAGAGACACAUGGGAAGCUACAGCAUAUGCAGUGAACCUGCUAGGCCCUGGAGGGACCUGCCUGGAAGACCGCAGCCUCUGUGGAAGCCUGCUUGGCCUGAGGCCACUUAACUAUUGUGGUGGAACUUCUCCCGAUGGGCCCCAGGAGGCCAGAAGAGGAGCAAAGACAGGGACCUGGCUGGAUGGGAGCCAGGCUGGGGGUGAGGACAGGUGCAGUUCUGGACCCAGGCUUCCCAGAGCCAGAGGCUGCUCUUCAGCCACUCAGUUUCCUGGGCUGCCAGGAACUGGGUGAGGGGCCUGGAGUGGAGGGCACCAGGCAGGAAGUCCCUGUGAGCCAUCAAGGGGAUUCUGCUCAGAGCCACAGACCCCCAGGUCCUAGCUGGAUGGCAGAGAGGCCCCAGCGGUGCUGUAUCCAGACAGAACCUCAGCUCCACUCAGCCUUGGAAUCCCUUACUGUUGAACUGAGGGGAGGGAGGGGCAGACAGGUGCCCUCUCCUCACCUGGGACCCUGUGCCCUUCCCUUGGCUCUCCUGAAGCUUCCCCACACACUUGGGAAGAAGGAGUCCCAGAGGCAGCUAGUGUCCCAAGGGCCCUGUCCUGGAGGAGGAGAGGGAACCAUCUGAGACACGGGGAUCCACAAAGGUGUCAGCAGCAGAGGACGCUGUGCCUGUCCAAGCCCCUCACUCCCCAGGCCAUGUGCUCCCUGAUGGGCCUUUGGCCUGCCCUGACUGCAGCUGCUCCCUCAAGUCCUGGGAGCCAUGGAGCCCACACCCCACCACUGCCACCACCUACUUGCUGGCCCCUGCAGGCGAAGCUGUGCAUGGGCGGCUGAAGCCCAUCGGCUCCUAUCCCAACAGCAGCGUGCGGAGGCUGAGCUCAGGGCCCUCUCCCCCAGUUCCCGCACCUGGGGUCCAGGGCCAAGUCCGCACAGGGGACCGAGGGCCGUUCGGAGGCUCCUGCAGGUGCUCGUGGCUCUGAGAAGGGGUGGAUCACUCCAUCCCAGGGACUCAUUGUCCCCUGGGAAGACAAGAGCCAACCUUUGACACGGAGAAGACAACUCAAAGUGGACCAGAGCCUGGAGGACUGCCUGGUGGGGCGGGCGGGGCAGGGAGCAUGGAGCCUCGAGCCUCAGCCUGGGCACAGCAGCCCCGGGAGUCUGCUCCUGCCUCACCAGUGCCUGGCUCAGACUCAGCCUCUUCUGCAGUGAAAGCUGGAGAGUAUGGGCAGGAUUUCUCCUCUGGAGGGGGAGGGGGUCCACCAGCCUGGAGUGAUGGGAAUAAGCACCUGGGAGUAGUGGCAUCUCUGCUCUUGGCCCUGGAUCAGGGUUCUCCCGGAGGGGAGAAUAAACAUCACAGUCAGGAGAGUGAUACAGUCAGCACCUUGGUGGGUAGUCAGCGAGACCAUUCCAGGAUGGAUGUUGGGGGAGAGGAAGGGGCAGGGGAUAGGGACAAUCCUGGCAGACAUCAGGGAGGAGGCACUUCUCUGUCUCCAGGAGAGGGCAGUAGAGGGGAGACUCAGACACACCAUCUUCCCUACUGGGAGGGUGUGGCAACCGCCCUGGUGUGUAACUAGGAGGGGUUUACCUCCCUGGGGGAAAAGAGCACCCCAAGAGUGCACCCCCACACAUGAUCCUUCAGCAGCACUCUGACAGCUUGCUCUUGUCUGUGAGCAGUGUCUGGUGGGGGAGCGCUGCGGCGGGCCCAGGACCAGACCCAGACCCAGAGAAGCCACCUGUCACUGUGUGACCCCAUGUCAAUCACUAACCCUAUUGGGCUUCAUUUUUCCUCUUUUAUGAAAGGGGACAGUAAUUCCUACCUCUCAAGACUUAUGUUUUUAGGAUGAAAUGAAAUAACAUGAACCUCUACAGCUAAGUAAAUGCCUUGUGAUUAUUGGUCUUCAAGUUCCUUUCCAGGUGUAAUAUUUUUCAUCACAUUCUACAUUUAUGACCUUCAGACCUGAUUUAUCUGUUUUGUCCUUGACCUCAAGGGGCUAGGGAGGGCACGUCAUUACAUGGACAGGCCCCCCGUGGUCCGGGUCGGACCUAGGAGGAGGUCCCUUGCUUUGGCCUGAUGUCAGGCAGGGUAGAGCUUAAGGAAGCAGCCAUCCCUGUUUGCCCAGGAUGAGGGCACCUGGAACCAGGAGGACCUGCUCGAGCUGCUCACUUGUGGAGCCUGCCUCCACUGUGAACUCCACGGUAAGGACGUGGCACAGAGAAGGAGGUAGACCCUCUGCUUCUUUGGACCUCCAGGCCUCUGGGUGUACCCCAGGCCCAGCCUCUCCCCUCUUCCUUUCUGUUCUCACCCUUCUCCUGGAGCCCCAGCAGAUCCAGGCAGGCCAGGGCUGCUGCUUAGUGGGUAAGAUAACAAAGCUUCCUGAGCUUCCUCUGGCGAAAGAGCACCCCUGUGACGGUCUUCCUGUCCUGAGCAAGGGGAAGAUGGAUAAAGAGAACCCAGCCCCCGUCCCCACCCCUACUGGGAUGUUCCUACUGCAGGGUCCACAGGUGGAUCUGACACCUCUGGACACGUGCUCCCUCUGUGAGGCCAGCUGCAAAUUCCAUUCUCCAAAUGGCUACAAAAUGUUUCUCAUUGGAUCAGACUGAGUGGGUGGACACUGUGCUGCACUGCCACCCACUCCUCCAGGGCUGAUGGACUUCUUGCUCCAGUGCAGGGAGUAGUGACGGUGGAAGGCCUUCUCUGCCAGACUCUUUGGGGGCUGCCCUAGCUGCCCAGAGUGGCCUCACCAAGGGCAGACUCCCUCCAGGGCAGCCCACCGCCCCGACCAACCGAUGACUGACAACUGACAAAGGGGGCUAAAGACCCAGACAACCCUUGCCAUCCGGGAGGGUAUCCUGCAUCAGAACUCCGCGAGGUGGCCCCAGCGUCCUGCCGGCCAAGGGCAGCCCGGCUCCUCCCCGGGCCUGUGCUCUCUUCCUGAGCACAUUAAACCUCCACUGCUCAUCUCCACCUCAGAGUCUGCUCCUCGCAAACCCUACCACACUGUGUGCCUUUACAGGGUUUGCUCUUUGCUCAGUUAUCUUUUACCUAUCAGCAGCCUGGGACAAUUGUUUCUCUGUUGCUGUCUAAUGAUAAUUUUUUUCUAAAUGUGCUUGAUUACUGUGAUCUUUCAAC